UUACUUGAUCUUCUCAAAGGCUCAAAAGCAGGCCUCCGUUCGUUGCCUCUGAAGAUUGCCCUCUGUCGGAUCUCCACUCAGCAGUCAAUCAGUCCAAUUCUAUUGUCUUGAUUUGCGAUGAUGGCUGCUUAGGCUUUAUACUUGAUUCUCUUAUAAAACCCGUUUCCUUAAGUUUUAUUUUGCAUUCGAUUAGUUGGAUUAUCUGAUUCUUUGCUUAGAUGUCUAUUUUAUAUGGUUGAUUGUUUCUUUAUAAUGAGAUUUGAUACUUUGUAGAUACUGUUUUGAUUGGAUGAUUUUGGAAACUAGGGUUUGAUUGAUUCUGCAUCUGGAUUGGUACUAAACAAAUUGUAAAGUGAAGUAAAGAGGUUGUAUAAUCUAUGUGUGCAAUUGAAAGUAGAUGGUUAUUCCAUAUCAUUGUUCAUUUUGAAACUCUGAUUGAGAGUAUCAGAAAUCAAGAAUCUUUAUAAGUUGAAGAGGGAAAAAAAUGGUUUUGCUACUUAGAAUGUUACAAUUGUUGAACCAUUGAAUACUUUUUGAGAAUUUAUUUAGAAAACAUGAUGAUUGCAGUUCUUAUUACAUGAUCUCAUACUAUGGUAGCCCUUUCUUUGUACCCUUUAGACUCAGAUCGAUCUUUCAUGUCUUUUCUAUUUAAAACCCGAUGAUUUUGAACUUGUAUUGGCCAUUGGGUGCUUGUAGUUACCAAUUAGUAUGAUACCAUUCUUGGUGAUUAUUGAUUAAGUAGUAUUUUCAUGAUCACAGAUGGAGAGUUGGAGCAGUUGAGUUUGGGCAAGAGAUGUCAACUAGUUCCUAAAGGGAAAGGGAAAGGGAAGAUCUUCUUCCAAUUUUCUAUGACUUAUAUAUAGAUGUCGCAACUAUGCCAUCAGAGGAGAAUGGAUCACUACAGCAACCAUCAGACGUCGCCAUCGCUGCACAAGUCACGACAGAUUCGAUUACUUCUGCGUCCAAUUCCGAUUCCAAUUCCAAUUCCGAGAAUGACGUGCCAACAGGAAACACUUCACUGGAAGCUCCAGUCCAAGCUCCAGCUCCGGUAGCCAAGUGGCCUGGAUGGCCUGGGCACUGUGUAUUUCGACUUAUUGUGCCGGUACUCAAGGCUGGGAUGAUUAUUGGCCGCAAGGGGGAACUCAUCAAGAAAAUGUGUGAGGAGACACGUGCUCGUGUUAGAGUUCUCGACGGUCCUAACAGUUGUCCUGACCGCAUUGUACUGAUACAUGCUCUUGAGGAACCAGAUGCACUCUUAUCCCCAGCAAUGGAUGCUGCUCUGAGAGUGUUUAAACGUGUUAAUGGAUUUCUUGAGGUUGGGGUUGAUAAUAAUGUAUCUGGUACUGCUGGAAGUGCAUUUACUUCUAUCCGGCUGUUGGUGCCAUCUACCCAGGCCAUAAAUUUAAUAGGGAAGCAAGGUGCUGUAAUCAAGGCUAUUCAAGAAAAAAGUGGUGCCUCUGUUCGUGUACUUUCAAAUGAUGAGGUGUUGAAUUAUGUCACCUCAGAGGAGCGAAUUGUUGAGUUGCAAGGAGAACAAGUGAAGGUCCUUAAGGCCCUAGAAGCUGUGAUUGGUCACCUCAGGAAGUUCUUAGUGGACCCUAGUGUCAUUCCUCUCUUUCAAAUAAGUCAUACUAACACUGCACCCCAAGAACAGCCAUCUGAGAACUGGCAGGACAAAAUUUCAUUGCAACCUGCUCCACAAACUAGGCUUGGCAUUGAGUAUUCUUCCCUUCCAAUAAAGAGGGAUUCUUUAUAUCUUGACCGUGAUCCUUUUGAAUCACACACUUUACCUACAUCUGUAGCUUCACGUUAUAGCAUGGAUCUUGGACUUUCAGGGUUACGCUCUACAGGACCCGGUCGUGCUGGUGGCCCCAUCAUAAGCCAGGUAACACAGACAAUGCAAAUACCUCUAGCUUAUGCGGAGGAUAUUAUUGGCAUACAAGGAGCAAAUAUCGCAUAUAUUCGGCGUAGCAGUGGUGCCAUUCUUACUGUGCAAGAAAGCAGAGGUUUGCCAGACGAGAUCACAGUGGAGGUGAAGGGGUCGACGACACAAGUUCAGGCUGCCCAGCAACUUAUUCAGGAAUUUAUAGGGGGGCAUAAAGAGCCAAAGAGUAGCGGGUAUAGCAAUAUGGAUAGUACAGGGUAUAGGUCAUCUUACACACAGCUGAGUACAGCGUAUCCACCGCCAUCCUCGACUUCAAUGCCACCGCCAUUAUCACAACAACAACAACAACAACAUCAACAAUCCUAUGGUGGUGGGUAUGUACCUUCUUCAUCUUCUUCUUCAAGUCUUGGGGGGCUAGGGCUAGGGUCUUCAAAUAUAGGUGGGCUAGGGCUAGGAUCUUCAAGUCUUGGUGGGUAUAGCAGUUACAGGCUGUGAUGUUGAAGUGUGUGUUUAAUUGUUGUAGUAAGAGUAGUAGUACGGUAGGUCAUUCGGAGAUAAUCUGUUAUAACCUUCUUCUUCUUCUUUUAUGUACUUCAAAUAUUACAAUAUUGGUUGUUGAUGUAUUAGUAAAAGUUCAUUCUGAU